GCGGGGACGGGCGCAGAGCGGGGCUGCCCGGAGCGCGGCGUGGCCGCUGCCGCCGGAGGACAGCGAAACGCACGUAUCGUGAUGACUACCCUGCUACUCACUGAACAAGUAACGCAAGAGGACCAUGGCUUGGAGGGAAACUAUGUCCUCUACGGAUCCUCUUGUGCCCAAAUCACUGAGGAAGCCGAAUACGUGAAAAAGGAGCUUCCUCAAGUCUCAGGCAAUAAAGUGGAGUCAAAGAGCCAUGGCUGGAGCUGGAGCCGCAGCCCCGUCGUGACAACGAUGAAGGAAACAGAAGAGCAGCUGCUGCUGGUCAGCAGGGAAAACCAACUGCUGAAGAUCAAGCUGGAGGCCAUGAGAGAAGCAGGUGUACAGGCUCUCAGUUCUGCCUCCCAGAAACUGUUUGAGAAUUACCAGACUCUGUCAGAAGAACUUAAGAAAAGUCAUGAGAAUGAGAAAAACCAAAUACAGGCUUACAAUCUCCAAGAAGAAGAAAAGCUCCAGCAAAGCUCAGAAACCACCAGCUGCCUUGCUGAAGGCGUCAAGGAAAAAUGGACCCACAUCGCAGAGCUGGAGAGGUGCGUGCAGAGGAUGGAGGAGGAAAAGAAAACCCUGACAGAGAAGAAAAUGUCAUUUGAGAAGAUGCUUCAACAGAUGAUGGCAAGGAACGAAGACAGCAAAUGGUGCCUGGAUCUCCAGAGGCACAUCUCCACCCUGCAGCAGCAGAUCUGCCACCUGCAGCACCUGAUCCAGGCACAGCACCACAGCCUGCGCAGAGUGAUACAGGAGGCAGAGGAACUGAACACCACACUCAGAAGCCAAGAUAAAAAAACAGAAAACCUGACAGAGAAGCUGACUGCACUGGAAGCACAGAAUAAAGAAUUAAAAGACAGAGUGGCAUUCUGGUGUGGCCAGCCCAAGGCUAACAUUUCAAAAGCUGCCUGGACAAACACCCCACGAGACUUUGGAGCAUCCCCUUAGCUAAUGCUCACCAGGUUAAGGAAGCAAGAGAGCUAAAGGAAUGACUGGACACUUGUCUCCUACCUUCAUCAGGACUUUUUCUGCAUGUUGGAGCCUGCAAUUGCUACGUCCUCUUUGUUACUGCAAAGCACCUUUGGCACCUGCUGCCUCUCUAUGGAAGGUGAUGCAGAAGUGGGGCUGCAGGUGAAAGAAUAAACCUGGAAACAAGGCAAGAGAGGUGGUGAGCUCGUGGAUGCCUGCACAGCCCAAAGGCAGCCCCAGCCAUACCUGAGAGAUGCCAGAGCAGCUCUGUGCCUGCCCCGGUGCAGGCACCCACCUGCUUAAUGCUGGGGUGAGCCAGGUUGGGUGGUGGCAGGUGCUGUGGGAGGGGGUAGUGCCAUAUGCUGCCUGUGGGGUUACACUUUGUCACCAUUUAAGAGAGUGAGCUUUAUAAAUUGUACCAUUUCCCUGGCAAGUGUUUGGUCCUUUUCUGUCCCUCUCAGGAGAAACCUGAAGUCAGGGUGCCAAUGCUGGGGUGCCAUGGGGCAGGCUGGGUGCUGGUGCACAGCAA